AUGGAGGAAAUUAUCAGCCAAAUUACAUCCUUCGCUGACACUGUCAAGGGCAGCGAGCGAAAGGCUUUUAUCACCGCCUUACGCACUACUUCAAUUUCAUUGGAAACUCCUGAUGAAACAUUGGAAAGGGUUGCGGUUGCACCACUCGAGCUAUGCGGAGCAAAAAUGGGUUUGGACUUGAAGGUCUUCAAGUUCCUUUCAUCGAAAGAUUCACCGCAGACCUUGGACAGUCUCACCGAAACUACAGGAGCAGAUCGCCGUUUGCUAGCACGUGUGCUGCGCUACCUGGCAAGCAUGAAGAUGAUUGAUCAGCCCGAAGCUGAAGUGUUCACUGCUAACAAUGUUACUCGCGCGUUGGACUCCCCAAAAGGCGAGAACUUUGUGGAGGCAUACUACCAAGUGCUCACUCCAAUCUUUUAUGAGUUGCCCAAGUACCUCGCUAAAUCCUCAUACGCGGAUCCAGCGGGCUGUGCUAAACUCCCCUUUCACGAGGUAACUAACUGGCAAGGUGAUCCGUUUGCCUACAGCGAUGCCUUCCCAGAAAAGGGUGAACUCUUCGACAAGCAUAUGGCAUUUUGCGGAAACAACCUGACCAACUGGGCUAACCUGUACGCUCUGAUGGACAAGCAAGUCGCCCCAGAUGAUGUCCUGUUCGUGGAUGUGGCAGGAGGACUUGGUCAUCAAGGUGCUCGACUUCGAGCUCAGUAUCCUGAUCUGCAAGGUCGGAUGAUAGUUCAAGACAGGCAGAGGGUCAUCGACGCUCCAACAACCGCUGAGGGGGUGGAAAGAAUGGUUCAUGACAUCUUUCAACCUCAGCCUGUUAAAGGCGCCAAGUUUUACUAUAUCCGAGGAGUUCUUCAUGAUUGGCCAGAUGCCAAGUGUCAAGAAAUAUUGCAGCAUAUCGUGGAUGCCAUGGAUUCCAAUUCUACUGUUGUAAUUGAUGAGUUUGUUCUGCCAGAAACAAACGCCCAACCGUACGCAACUAGCAUGGAUAUGCUUAUGUUAGCCUCUCUUGGUGCUGAGGAAAGGGCUGGGAGCCGCUGGGAGGAGUUAUUGAAAUCGACUGGUCUGAAGGUUGUGGACAUCAAACCCCACAGAGAUGGUGAAUAUGCAAGCCUCAUUGUAGCGGUAAAAGAGGCAUUAUAG